GAGCAGAGGUAUAAAAGUGCUGCGAGAACGGGCGAGCGCCACCGAGGGCUGGGGUGACAGAGGCGGCUGGCAGUCAGCAGGAUCCGAGUCCCUCUGCAUUUCGGAGUUCCCUCUGCGGUCCCGACUCACUGCGGAUCUCGGUGGCCUUUCCAGUCGGGACCCGGCGUGGUCCAGGUUUCUCCGAGGUCGGGGCUCCUUCUGUGCUCCGCGCCCCUCGCGCCCUGGUUCCUUCUGCCUUGCGCACCCCUGUAGCCCGGUGUGCUGAGCGCCCCACGCCCAGCCUUCACGCACCGAGCCGGCGGGGAGUCUGACCCUUGCGUCCAGAACCGCAGUGGCUGGGCAUGAUGGUCCCUCCUGUCCUGCUGCUCUUUCUCCUGUCCUCCGUGCUAGGCACAGAGCAGCCGCAGGUCGUCACUGAGCAUCCGAGUAUGGAGGCAUCCCUGACUGGGACCAAUGCUUCGCACUUCUGGACAAACUACACUUUCUCGGACUGGCAGAACUUCGUGGGCAGGAGACGCUACGGGGCCGAGUCCCAGAACCCCACGGUGAAAGCCCUUCUCAUCGUGGCUUAUUCGUUCAUCAUUGUCUUCUCGCUCUUCGGCAAUGUCCUAGUCUGUCAUGUCAUCUUCAAGAACCAGCGCAUGCAUUCUGCCACCAGCCUCUUCAUCGUCAACCUGGCAGUGGCAGACAUCAUGAUCACGUUGCUCAACACACCAUUCACUUUGGUUCGCUUUGUAAACAGCACAUGGGUAUUUGGGAAGGGAAUGUGCCAUGUCAGCCGCUUUGCCCAGUACUGUUCUCUGCAUGUCUCAGCACUGACACUGACAGCCAUUGCCGUGGACCGUCACCAGGUCAUCAUGCAUCCCCUGAAGCCUCGGAUCUCCAUCACCAAGGGUGUCAUCUACAUUGCUGUCAUCUGGGUCAUGGCCACCUUCUUCUCACUACCACAUGCCAUCUGCCAGAAACUGUUUACCUUCAAGUACAGCGAGGACAUUGUGCGCUCCCUCUGCCUGCCGGACUUCCCAGAGCCGGCUGACCUCUUCUGGAAGUACCUGGACCUGGCCACCUUCAUCCUGCUCUACCUCCUCCCCCUCUUCAUCAUCUCGGUGGCCUAUGCCCGUGUGGCCAAGAAGCUGUGGCUGUGCAACACCAUUGGCGACGUGACCACAGAGCAGUACCUGGCCCUGCGGCGCAAGAAGAAGACGACCGUGAAGAUGCUGGUGCUCGUGGUGGUCCUCUUUGCCCUCUGCUGGUUCCCCCUCAACUGCUACGUCCUCCUGCUCUCCAGCAAGGCCAUCCACACCAACAAUGCCCUCUACUUUGCCUUCCACUGGUUUGCCAUGAGCAGCACUUGCUACAACCCCUUCAUCUACUGCUGGCUCAAUGAGAACUUCCGGGUGGAGCUCAAGGCCUUGCUGAGCAUGUGCCAGAGGCCACCCAAGCCUCAGGAAGACAGGCUGCCCUCCCCAGUUCCUUCCUUCAGGGUGGCGUGGGCAGAGAAGAGCCAGGGCCGGAGGGCUCCGCUAGCCAGUCACCACCUGCCCUCUACCCAGAUCCAGUCUGGGAAGACAGAUCUGUCCUCCGUGGAGCCCAUUGUGGCCAUGAGUUAGGGGAAGCGGGACGAGGUGGGGAAGGGCUCUGUCCUCUCACCACUGACUCGAUACUCAGUGUCGGAAAGUCCUACAGAAGCAGUGAGAUGCUUGGGUUCCUAGAAACCUGUCCAGCGCCCCCCUCACUCCCCCGCAAUCUGAUGUGCAAACCACCUAGAAGGUGCCACAGGUGUUGUGCCCAGAUCUGAGAGAGAGAGAGAGAGAGAGAGAGAGAGAGAGAGAGAGAGAGAGAGAGAGAGAGAGAGAGAGCUCUGAGAGCCCCUUCAGCUCCAACAGGAGCUGACUCAGUCCACCCCCAGGUGCCCGGCACCUGCCACCUUGCCCUCCCACUACUGAACACCCACAGGCGAUCUGAGCUAUUGGUGGGCCUGAUCCACGUGCCCAGAAAACAGCUUCACUAGCCAGGAAGAACGGCACAAAAGCUUUCAGAAGUCACUGGACCAAGCGUAAUCACACAUCUUCAAUGGCCGUGACUCUAUCCAUGACCAGACAGGACCUAUUUUGGCUUCUUAAAAUAAAGAGAAAUUAUUUAUCAUUACUAUUUUCAGGAAAAAAAUGUUCAGAAAAGUACAGAAAUGAAUUAAGAUCACCCUGUUAGCCCAUCAAUCUGUAAAAAUGCCUAUUAGUGUGCCAUGAAUUUGUAACUUUGCCCUCUGUGUGUACAUGUUUGUAGCUUUAAAAUUCUGAACUCUGUGUGUCCAUUUAGACUUUAAUAAUUAGCAAGAAAUGGAGGUACGUCACAGUACUCCUGAACCCCCCCCCAUGAUGAGUGGGGUCCCUCAGCAUAACCGAAGAGAAAAGGGGAGGGCAAGCUAAAGGCUGGCUCCAUCUUGCAGCCAAUGGUGGGUGGGGCCUGGCUCUCCCUUAGGCGGUAGCCAUCAAAAGAAGCGGUACAAGGCACUGGGAGGUAGGACCCCUUCCCCCUGUCCCCCGAAAUGAGAGAAGGUUCUGCUUUCACGGGUAAUGAGGGAACUUGCUUUCCAAUGAGCUGGAAUAACUGUGCUUUGACACCUCGUCUGCCUGAGCCGCCUAGACAGGACAUUUCUCUUUGUUGUCUGAAAGAUGAAAUUUUUUUUCACACCAAUUCCUGAAACAAGAUUCCCUGUCAACAGCACCUGAAAAAUUCAUCUGUCAUUUUCCAAAACCUACAGGCUUCCUAAAGCAGCUCUAUUCCUUAAGGGCCCAUUUGUCAGAGAAAUCUCAUUCCAGAUAGCCAGUUUUCUCAUCUUGCAUUUGUUCCCAGAGAGUGGCGCGUCGGGUGGGACAGAAUCUAGCCACCCCCCCAGGCCCAGGGCAGCUCUGUGGCAGCUGUGCUUAGUUCGGAUUCCCGUCUCAUCGCAGAGACAAGCGAAAGCUCCACCUUUGUGGCGCUGAGGUCUGAGGGAGGAGGGUCUCAUCCAAGUCUCAUUUAGAACUCUCAGUUGCUAACUGAAGCACAACUUGGUUGUAGCUGCUUCCUUGUAGUGAGUGAGGGGAAUUUCUUAAACUAAUCUAUUCAUGAGAAUGCUAGAAAAUUUCCAAGAUUAUAUAUACAUACAGUUUUUUAAAAAUGAUUUGGGGAGGACAGUAAAAGACUUCUAAAUUUAAAGUGGGUUAGGGGGCUACAGCUUCUGUGUCUGUCCUGAUCCCUGUGAUGUUAGCUGUAGAGAGUCAGGAGAGUCAGGGUAUGUUGGAGCCUGAGGACAGACCGCAGGGACUUACAGUGUGUCUUCCCCUGGGAACUGUGGAAAAAUCUUUAGUCGCACCUCCCUGCGGGCAGCUAGAGCUAGUGCCACCUCACAGAGUCAGCCCUGAGGUCUGGGCCUCCUGUUGGCACCCAUCUGCUCCCUGUCCUGGGUCCCUGCGUGCUUCUGAGCAAACGCACCUGGUAAUCGUGAGCGCUGUCUUUGUGAAGCCUGAGUUUUUCCAAUCUGCUGUAAA